CCCCACACACACUGAGAAUAAUUAGAUACUAUAAGUCUUCAGUAGGUCCUUAGACAUAUCACUUAAAAUGGAGUUCUGCUUUGGAUUAUUUCAGACACGUGGAUCCAAGACCUCAUGGAUCAGCCAGAUGCUUCUUUGUUCAAUGCUGUGCAUGUGGACUACUGUGGAUAGCUGGUCUUACUUCUACUCCAACGACACUAUGAAUUGGGAGGAUGCUAGAUCCUGGUGCAGGGAGAACUACACGGACAUGGUGGCCAUCCAGAACCAGGACGAGAUCGGGCAUCUCAACACCUGGCUGCCCAGGCAACCCUUUUACUAUUGGAUUGGGAUCCGCAAGAUCAACAAUGUCUGGACCUGGGUGGGCACCAACAAGGCUCUGACAGCAGAAGCAACCAACUGGGCAAAGGGUGAACCAAACGGCAAGCGGCAGGGUUCAAAGCAGAGUGAGGACUGUGUCGAGAUGUACAUAAAGAGGGAGAAAGAGCCAACCAAGUGGAAUGAUGAGAUGUGCUGGAGAAAGAAGACCGCUCUGUGCUACUCGGCGGCCUGUAAGAAGGACUCAUGUGACUAUGGAGACUGUGUGGAAACCAUCAACAGCCACACGUGCGCUUGUUUCGAGGGUUUUUAUGGAGAGAAGUGUGAAAAGGUUGUUAAGUGUGACAAGGAGGAGAUAACUGUCCCUUAUAAAGGAAGUGUCAACUGCACUCACAAGUAUGGAAACUUCUCCUUUGACUCAUUGUGCGAGUAUUCCUGUGAGGAAGGAUAUGAGCUGAGUAUGGUGAGACCCCUGAGAUGCACUGGCUCCAAAGAGUGGUCGGAGCAGCCUCCUACAUGUGAAGCGGUCCAGUGUCCGGUGCUGACUCGUCCUGAAGGAGGAUCCAUGGAUUGCUUCUCUCCUCUGGGCGACUCCAGGUACCAGUCCACCUGUGUGUUUGCCUGUUACGAGGGCUUCGUCCAAGCUGGUUCCUCCUCUGACACUCUGCAGUGUGAGGCAUCAGGAAGUUGGAAUGCUUCGCAGCCGUCUUGCGUUGCAAUCACCUGUCAGAAUCCAGAGGGAGCUCCUCACCUGAUCCCCACAUGCAGCAGCUCUUCCUCUGAGCUGCGGCUAGGCUCUACCUGCAGCUUCGACUGUGGAGCUGGCUUUGUGCUGCAGGGAGCCGACACCGUCCUGUGCUCUGGUGACGGGCGGUGGAGUAGAGCCAUACCUACCUGCAAAGAAAUGGAAUGUCCUGCCCCCGAGAUUCCUACAAGUGGCCGCAUCUUCUGCAGCCUCCCUCUGUCUUCACCUGCUUCUCCCGAGACCCCCCAUCCACUUGGUAUGGUCUGCAAUUUUACCUGUGACGAAGGCCACAAGUUGGAAGGUGCUCCCAGCAUGGAGUGUGAGGAUCCAGGCCAGUGGACCUCCUCACCACCCACCUGCACAGUUGUUAAGUGCAACAAUGAGGAGGUAACUGUCCCUUAUAAAGGAAGUGUCAACUGCACUCACAAGUAUGGAAUCUUCUCCUUCGACUCCUCGUGCGAGUAUUCCUGUGAGGAAGGAUAUGAGCUGAGUAUGGUGAGACCCCUGAGAUGCACUGGCUCCAAAGAGUGGUCGGAGCAGCCACCUACAUGUGAAGCGGUCCAGUGUCCGGAGCUGACUCGUCCUGAAGGAGGAUCCAUGGAUUGCUUCUCUCCUCUGGGCGACUCCAGGUACCAGUCCACCUGUGUGUUUGCCUGUGACGAGGGCUUCGUCCAAGCUGGUUCCUCCUCUGACACUCUGCAGUGUGAGGCAUCAGGAAGUUGGAAUGCUUCGCAGCCGUCUUGUGUUGCUGUGCAGUUACCUGCUAGCCCGACGCUGGAGAAUGGCUCCGUCAGCUGUGGACCCCCAGAUAUGAAGUUCAUCUACAGAAACACCUGCAGCUUCAGCUGCGGCCCUGGCUACCACCUGGUGGGAUUGGGCACGGUGACAUACACAUCAGCGGCUGAUUGGGGUGAAAACAUUCCUCGCUGUGAAGCAAUCACCUGUCAGAAUCCAGAGGGAGCUCCUCACCUGAUCCCCACAUGCAGCAGCUCUUCCUCUGAGCUGCGGCUAGGCUCCACCUGCAGCUUCGACUGUGGAGCCGGCUUUGUGCUGCAGGGAGCCGACACCGUCCUGUGCUCUGGUGACGGGCGGUGGAGUAGAGCCAUACCUACCUGCAAAGAAAUGGAAUGUCCUGCCCCCGAGAUUCCUACAAGUGGCCGCAUCUUCUGCAGCCUCCCUCUGUCUUCACCUGCUUCUCCCGAGACCCCCCAUCCACUUGGUAUGGUCUGCAAUUUUACCUGUGAUGAAGGCCACGAGUUGGAAGGUGCUCCCAGCAUGGAGUGUGAGGAUCCAGGCCAGUGGACCUCCUCACCACCCACCUGCACAGUUGUUAAGUGCAACAAGGAGGAGGUAACUGUCCCUUAUAAAGGAAGUGUCAACUGCACUCACAAGUAUGGAAUCUUCUCCUUCGACUCAUCGUGCGAGUAUUCCUGUGAGGAAGGAUAUGAGCUGAGUAUGGUGAGACCCCUAAGAUGCACUGGCUCCAAAGAGUGGUCGGAGCAGCCUCCUACAUGUGAAGCGGUCCAGUGUCCGGUGCUGACUCGUCCUGAAGGAGGAUCCAUGGAUUGCUUCUCUCCUCUGGGCGACUCCAGGUACCAGUCCACCUGUGUGUUUGCCUGUGACGAGGGCUUCGUCCAAGCUGGUUCCUCCUCUGACACUCUGCAGUGUGAGGCAUCAGGAAGUUGGAAUGCUUCGCAGCCGUCUUGUGUUGCUCUAAGGUGCCCGUCGCUCGAAGCUCCAGAAAAUGGUCACAUCAACUGCUCAAACAGCGAGUCCGUGUUCAACACUCAGUGCUCCUUCACGUGCACCCCAGAAUACUCACUGGAGGGGCAUGAGCUGCUGAACUGUGAUCGCCAUGGCAACUGGACUGGGGAGAGACCCACCUGCCAAGCUUCCCCAUCCAAGUUGAGUGCUAUAACCUCUGGUGUGGCAGCAGGGGGCACUCUGCUAAGUGGUCUGUCCCUUGCUGUUUGGAUCCUGAAACGACUGAAACAGAGGAAUGACACAUUUGAGCUGAGCAGUAACUCCGACAUAGAGGCCCCUCCCCAGGUCUACAAAAACAGCCUUGACAGUCUCAUAUAGAGAUACACUCAGGAUCUUCAGGGCCAACUUAGGACAACGAUAGGCUGUGUGUCUUUAACUUAUCUGUGUGUGAGUCACCGGACAUAGUAAUGUCCUCAAUGUGAAUCCUCUUUGUUUGUAUAUAGCUUGUUUGAGUUUGAUAACAGGAAAACCCCAGUAUGUCAAAGCUAUCAGUGGUGAGAAGAAAUGUUUUCUUUAGAACUUUCCAUUCAUUUCAAUGUAGUGUUGUUCAGACAUGUACACUAAAUCCUCCCAAGGGGGAUUCUAUAUAGAGCAUAUUGUUCUGCAGCUUUACGUACAUGAUGGAAAUAUGCUUCUAUUCAUGUUAUUGCAAGUGUUACAUAACAUUGUGAGUGUGGUUGGACUGCUGUGUUAUUGCCGACCUGUGAAUACUUUUCUAUAUUGAUUCCUGUAUUUAUAUACCUUUUUAUUUAAUGCAUUUGAACUGUUAAUAAAUAUGUAUGAAUCAACCUUA